AUGCAAGAAGUUCGUAGAGAACCCCUAGAAGAACAGAAUAAAAUAAUAAAAAAAGCUUAUCAUUCUCAAUUGCGGCGCUGGCAUCCUGACCGGAAUCCUGAGAAUGGUGAUUCCGCUAUAUGUCAAGAGAUCAUCUUUGCGAAUACGAUUCUUAAAGAUCCCGAAGCACGUGCUGCGUAUAAUAACGUCGCGGAUUUCGACAAAGGAUGGCUCUCAAGAGCGCGAUAUAAAGCCAUAUUCAUGCCCGAAUGUUACAGCGUUGAGCAGAAGAAACAGUAUGGAAAGAGAAUUGGAUUAUUGUUUUUAUCAA